UGCGCGAUCUGAGCCGCGCGAGCGUCGUACAGUAGUGUCAGACAUGGCGGCGGAGCUACAGCCCGAGUGGAUCUGCUGUCUCCCUGCUUAUUGGAGUUACGGGGUGACUCGGGAUGGACGUGUCUUCUUCGUCAACGAAGAAGCCAAGAGCACAACCUGGCUGCAUCCAGUGAGCGGCGAGGCGGUGAUAACCGGCCACCGGAAAACUCCAGAUCUACCCACUGGGUGGGAAGAAGGAUAUACUUUUGAGGGUGCACGGUGCUUUAUCAAUCACAAUGAGCGGAAGGUGACCUGUAAGCAUCCUGUCUCAGGCGUACCCUCACAAGACAACUGCAUCUUUGUCAUCAACGAACAAUCUUCCUCUAAAGUGCCAGCGAAUGAGAAGAAGGAUCAAGCACUUAACAUCAUGAGUGAGGCCGCAAACUACACAGGUGGCUCGGACUAUGCCGCUAACCCCGGUAGCCCAGCAGGAAGACCCUCAAGGCCUUCCAAAAAGAUUCAUAAUUUCGGGAAGAGAUCCAACUCUAUCAGGAGGAAUCCUGGUGCCCCAGUAAUGAAGAAAAACUGGCUUUAUAAACAGGAUAGUACAGGGAUGAAGCUGUGGAAGAAAAGGUGGUUCGUGCUGUCGGACCUGUGCCUCUUCUACUACAGAGAUGAAAAGGAGGAGGGGAUACUGGGCAGCAUCCUCCUGCCGAGCUUUUAUAUAUCUAUGCUGUCUGUGGAUGAUCACAUCAACAGAAAAUAUGCCUUCAAGGCAACACAUCCCAACAUGAGGACAUACUAUUUUUGCACAGACACAAACAAGGAAAUGGAGUCUUGGAUGCAAGUAAUGACGGAUGCUGCCCUUGUGCAUUCAGAGCCGGUCAUAAGGUUGGACAGACUAAAAGUGGAGCAGUGCGGCCCUCAAGAGAUCAACCACGUGGCCAACAACAGGCCACCGCUCACACAGCCCGAAAUCCAGAACAACGAACGCAACCGAGAGGUCGACCUCGAGUGCACUUUGUCAGUCACCCCCGACGCAGCAGAAGAAGAGAGGAAGCAGCGAGAAGCGGAGCGCUAUGGCUUCCACAAGGAGGGGGCGGUGCAGGAGCGUCCCCUCACCAAGAUCAACAGCAUCAAACUUCAGCCCGCCCAGGCAGCGGCUAUCAAAGCCAACAUUGCCUCGCCACAGACCCCAACGGAGAUGGAUGGGCCCCAUCGAAGCCCGCAGGUUAACGGAUCUGGUGAGCAGUUUCCAGCGGAUCGAACCAGAGUCCCUCCCCAGCAGAGUCCCAACUAUGAGCCGGAACGCAACCUGAGUCGUACCAGCUCUAUGCAGCAACUGGAGCAGUGGGUUCGAACCCAAAGGGUGCGCAGCCAGGACGACGACACCAGGAGCGUCUCGUCGUACCAGACACUGCCUAGAAACAUGCCAAGCCACCGGGUCCCCUACAUGCCUCAGUAUGCAGAUAGCUACCGCAGCAUGCCCAGGAAUAGCAUGGCACAGCGGGACAGCAUCUGCAGCAUGUCGCCGUCGAUGUACGAGCAGGUCUUGGGUUCCAUGCCGGCCGACAAGCGGCGCUCCAUGCGCGACGAUACCUUGUGGCAGUUGCACGAGUGGCAGCAGAGGCAGGCGUACACCAGGCCGCCUGGGCUCUACGGCAACAUGCCCAGUCCCAGGACCAUGAUCAACCUGUCGGACCACGCCGCGCCGAGCCACUCCAUCCCCCCCUCACCCUCCCACGGCUCGCUGUCCAUGUACGGUGGCUACUCCCCGAUGCGAUCCUACAACAUGAACAGCGGUCACUCUGAGGUCUCCUCCCCCGUUUAUAGAAGAGACGGGAGCAUCGACAGACGUCAAAGGCCGCAGCACAACAAGUAUGCUUACCCACCUGACAGGAGGUCCAUGCCCGCAGGGAUCCCAGUUCAAACUAUCACUGCCCAGACCCUGCAAGGCAAAACACCUGAGGAACUGACUCUGCUGCUGAUAAAGCUGCGGCGGCAGCAGGCAGAGCUAAACAGUAUCCGGGAGCACACUGUAGCACAGCUUAUGCAACUAAACAUGGAUGGUGACAACCCAAAGAAUGACAUGCUCUCUCACCACCUCCAAAGGAACCUCAUGUUUUUGGACAAUCAGAUGAAGGAGAAUGACCCUUUAAUCGUCAUGACUCACUCUUUGAUUGAGAACUCUGCCCCGAGGCCUCAACUUUACCAGCAACUGAGUCAAGAUGACUACAGAGGACACGCCUACACGGUCAUGCCAGGAGAAAUGGACAUCGAUAGCAAACUGAGCCUGCUGUGUGAGCAGGAUAAAAUGCUGGGGACACAGGAGGAAAAACUUCAGCAGCUGUACAGAGAGAAGCACACCCUUGAGACGGCGCUGCUGUCCGCCAGCCAGGAGAUAGAGAUGGGCUGUGAUAACUCUGUUACCAUGCAGAGCAUCAUCCAGCAGCGAGACUUACUGCAGAACGGCCUGCUCAGCACCUGCAGAGAGCUGUCCAGAGUCACUGCUGAGUUGGAGCGCUCGUGGAGGGAGUAUGACCAGCUGGAGGGAGAUGUGACUCUGGCUAAGAACAACCUGCUGGAGCAGUUAGAAGCACUGGGAAGCCCUCAGACGGAGCCUCCCAGCCAGCAGCACGUCUACAUCCAGAAAGAGCUGUGGAGGAUUCAGGAUGUGAUGGAGGCCCUCAAUAAACACCGAGCUCAGAGAGAUGCUGCUGAUGGGAUGGGGUUCUAUGGGCCCAAGAACAACUUCAGUAAGCACAUAAACGAGGAGGAGGACUCGGCACCCCCACGGCCACCUCUACCCCAGUCCUACGAGCCCAUCCCCCCCCCAGUGCCCCCCGUGCCCUCUCCCGCUGGUGUUCGCCCUUCAACACUCCACAGGGCGGAGGAGAGGAAGGCCACUCACAGGAAUGGCACGCACAGUGGUCCUGACUACAGGCUGUAUAAGAGUGAACCAGAGCUCACCACAGUAGCUGAAGUGGAUGAGAGUAAUGGAGAGGACAGAUCGGAACAUCCGUCUGACAGAGAACAUCCCGGAAACAAAGGAUUGUCCUACCCAGUUGGCAUCGUCCCACCUAGAACCAAAUCUCCGGUGCCUGAGUCGUCCUCCAUUGCCUCAUAUGUUACUCUAAGGAAGAGCAGGAAGCCUGACCCCAGGAUGGAGCGUCCACGCAGCGCAGUGGAGCAGCUGUGUGCUGGGGAGAGUGGUCGGCCCAGGAUGAGUGUGGAGGAGCAGCUGGAGAGGAUCCGCCGCCAUCAGCAGGGGUCCCUCAGGGAGAAGAAGAAAGGCCUCAACAUCCGGGGCGGCGGCCAGGACAACACACCCUCCCGCAGUCACUCGUUUACUAAAGGCGCCCGCGGCAUGCAGACCCAGAUGAGACGCAGAGAUGAGGUGAUGAGCUUUGACAUUCAGGCGCUGGAGGCCUCUCUCAGGGAGCAGGAGGUGGUGAGGGAGCAGGAGACGCCCGCUGAGGAGAUUGCACGUCUUAGAGAAGCCUCGCACGCUGACCACUUUAAUUUGGACCGAGAGCUUUCUGUGCCUGACAAAGUGCUGAUUCCUGAACGUUACAUUGAGUCGGACCCUGAGGAAGCUCUGAGCCCCGAGCAGGAGGCUGACAAGCAGAGGAAAGUUGACCGUAUCAAAGCUCUUAUGGUAAAAAACAGUAUGCAUAACGUGUUGCCGAGCACGGGUCUGAGCCCAGAGGAGGAGAAUGAGGAGGAGGUGACCCUACAGGAGAAGGAGAAGAUGAUUAAUAUCUCGUACGAGCUGGCAGCUGAAGCCUCCAAACGCAGCAAGCUGGUAGCAGUGAAAAGCCUGUCAUCUUCUUCCCCACCCCCUCCACAAUCUCCUAACACACCCCCUCAGCUCGCUGAUGGGUCUCACUUCAUGUGUGUGUAGUAGCACCACACAGGCUCUGGCUUCAGUAAAAACCUACACAUGAAGGAAACAGCAGUGGAAGUAUAGAGAUGAACCUGUAAACCCAAGGACAUCAGCACAAGGCCCACGGCCCACAGAGAGAGACACUUUCCACUCGGUCUUCACCUGUGACUUCUGUACGCUCACUGUGACGUCUCAAGCUCCUGUGCCACGAAGCACACCUUUCUCUGUGACACUCUGCAAUCACCUUCAGACCUUUAACGUCGCAGCUUCCUUUUCAGUUGCUUUACAAAACUUAAGUUUAAUUUUAUUAUUUAUAUGGUUUUAUUAGGUCCUUGUUUGAAUAUGGGCCGAUGUAUGUGUGUACAUGAGGCUAACAGACCGAGUCCUGUUUUUUGCAAUGCCUAAUUUCUAUGUGUUCAGAUCAUUUAAGCUCACUUAAGUCUUUUAUAAUCCACUCAAUUUGUUUUUCAGACAUUGGUCGUCAGCCAACCGUUCAUAUUUAUCCAUUAACUAUCAAGAACAUAUGUGGAUGCGAAACAUAAAUAGACAAACUGUGCAUCCUUCCAUUGUAAUGAAAGGAGGAGCCUUGUUCUGGCUGCAGACUAAGAUUAUUUGUAAUUUUUUCUUAUUUCUAGGUUGUAAUUAUUUAAUUACGGGAUCCUCUGCAAUCCCUCUCGCGUUUCUGCCGACACUUAUGUGAAUGUUCCGGCUUAAGUCAUUCUAUACAUUUUUUGUGUGUGUUGUUUUUUAAAAGAGAGAUAUUUAAACUGAGAGGAGAAAAAAAUCUGAUUUUGGUUCUAUUUUGUGAUAUUUUGGUUUGAAAAAGAAGAAAAUAUUAGCACAUGUAAAAAGCAAUAAAAUAUGUUUUGUGGAUCCAGGAUGACUUUUUUUGAGUGUACAAAGUGUAAUUAUCAGAGGUUUACUGUGUAUAUAAUGUACAUGGUACAGCAGGAUGGGAGAAUGUAUCCAACAUGAGGUUACAUACUAUAUUUGAUUUGCAAAUUUGUUCAUAUCCCAUCUGUUUUAUAACAUGUGAAAUAAAUGUUGCCAUUUUUAA